AUGAUGACGGCUCAAGAGUUUGGCGCCCUGAGCGAUGACUGGAUUGAUGUUCUUCCUCAACUACCCCUUAUACUUGCUAGCCAAAUGAUUGAGAUCCUCCAUAGACCUAGCCGCUGCGUUGCCAUGAUUGGCGAUGGUGUCAAUGAUAGUUUAAGUCUUAAGCUUGCAGACAUUAGCAUCACCAUGGGAUCAGGCCUAGACGUCAUCAAAGAAUCAUCCGACAUUAUCCUAACCAACGACAACUUCACCUCAAUCCUCAACGCUAUUGAAGAAGGCCGCCAUAUAUUCGACAUUACCCAGAAAUUCGUCCUUCACGUACUAGCAACCAACAUCGGCUUCGCCAUCUCUCUUCUCACUGUCCUAGUUUUCAAGGACAACGCAAACGUCUCCGUGUUUCUAUCAACUACCGUCGAAACCAUCCGGAUGCUUCCCGGCACUGGUGUCUUUAGCGAAACGGGUCUUGGAUUUGAAACUGCCGUCCCAGACAUUCUCAACCCUCCGCUACGGCAUCUUCACUCCCGAGUUUAUGCUCGAUAUGUUCGGCUACGGGCCGGUUCCAUGCUUGGCUCUUUCACCACCGUCAUCUUCGGCUUUGGCGACGGCAGUUUGGGCCUCAGCUACAACAACGCCUAUUCACCCUCGUGCCACGACGUCUUCCGUGCCCUCGCAACGGUCUACACCGCGAUGAUGUGGAUCUUCCUGCUCUCCUCGCGGUCCUCUUUUCGAUAUGCACAAGGGCGUCGGCGCGUGGGGGGCUCAUCUGUGGGGAAAUAA